CUUACACCAUAAUGAUCAUACCUCAGCCAUUCUUUCGUCUCUCAACCAGCUGAAAGCUUGUCCCUUCUCGCCUUCCAAACACUAGACUGUCCCUGUGGCCUUGAAUACUUCCUGACUAUUGUAAUUUGCUAGUACAAGUCGAGGCCCAUAGGAAGAAGUACUUUGGGCUACCUAGGCAACUUGGCGACAGGUUAGGCCGGGAGCCUUCUCAAGUUGGCGGCCAUGGAUGCCGCAAGUGACAACACAUCAAACAUUAUAUAUAAACGGGGAGACAGCGACGAUGAACAACACAUUCAAGCUGCAGGCGGCAACGAUAGCAUAGUCGACAGCGGCAGCGGCAGCGGAUCAGCCAACACAAGCUCUCGGGCCACGUUACACACGAAGCUGGGUGGCGCUCCUGCCGUAGCAGCCACGGUUGACGUGUUCUACAAAAAGGUUAUGGGAGACCCGGACCUCGCCCCGUUCUUCCAAGGCGUGGACAUGGUUACCCUCAUAGCCAAGCAGAACCGCUUCUUGUCGUACGCCUUUGGCGCGACAACCAACUACAAUGUUAAAGAUAUCGUGAUGGGUCACGCCCACCUGAUCAUCAACCGCGGGCUCAAUCUCACCCACUUUGACAAAGUAGCAGGUCACUUUGUUGACUCGCUGAAGGAGAUGGGUGUCAUGCAGGACCUGAUCGACGAGGCGGCGGGGGUACUCAUCAGCGUGCGGCCGCUGUUCGACCCGGAGAGAUACAAGGGCAAGAUCGACGUGGAGAAGCUGGAGAAGGCGGCAAUCGUGCCCAACUCCAAGGGAGGAAAGGCGGCGGGCUGUCCCGUGGGGGCGGAGGAGGGCAGCGACCGGGGGCCAGCGCCGGCGUGCUGCGUGCUCAUGUGAACGCGAGCGGGUGGUGUUCCGGGUGGUGGUUGUGCAGGGGGGGGCUGCGGGAGUUGCAUGCAUGCAUGCGUGCGUGGGUACGGCGGCAGCAGGGUCGUGUGCAACGGGGAUGUAGGUGUGCAGCACCCGGGGCGGGGGAAGCCUGCGUUGACUUGACGCCGUGCACGUGACUGGAUUGCGGUGAUGUGAUGUAAUGUCUGAUGUGAUGUGUUUUGAUAUAAGCCCGGUUCGAACAGGAGACUUACACUGGGUUGCGGGUCGGGGUUGGAGGUUCUAAGCAGGGAGUGCCGCACAGGCGACGCAGAGAGGACGGGGUAUGGGUCAGGAGAAGGAGGGGAGAGGCAGGUUGGUGGCGGACGAGGAGGAGAGAAGCAGCAGCAGCAGCCAGGCGGCAGCUGCGGGGGUUGCCGUGUUGCCGUGUAGUCGUUUGGGUUAGGAUGGGUGUGGAAAGGGCCGCGCCGCCGCGUCGCAUUGUGAAUUGGUUUGGGACGUGUUCAUGUCUUUUGGUGUUGCUACUGAGGGGCUUGGGGCUCACCAAGUGGUUCAAGUGAAUCUGGAGUAUGGCGGUUGUGAGCAUGGCGGGUUGCCUGGCAGUCGUGUGCGGAACAAGAGCUGCGUAGCGCGCUUGGAACAAGGAAGAUACCGUAGUAGCAGUAAAGAGUGAGGUUUGGAUCAAACUGGGUCGGUUGGGAUGGGGAUGCGUGGGUGGGUCCGUGCAUAGGCUGCGAUAUGGCAUUGCGUGUUGUGGGCACGCAAUCAAACACCCGACCCAUCGGCGGAUCUGGCAGGAGACUGAGAGAUAACGUUAACGGAAGGAUGCGAGGGUGGCCUGGCUAGCCGCGUGGCUUACCGCAACAAGUCCCGUUCGAUAGGUUUAGUACCAUGAUCUACGUGUGUUAAUUCAAAGGUUUGUGUUAAGAAAACUGGCCGGAGUGUGCGUGUAGUUAUCUACAUCUCCAUAUAUGAUUCCUUGGUCUGCUAUGUGAUUCCUUAGUCUGCUAGCAUGGGUUUUGGUCCUCAUCCUGCCUUCCUGUCUCGCAGUGGAACCCUUGGGAAGCGCUGAAUCCUGCACGGGGGUCGAGCAAGAGGUGGAUAUGCGCGUGUGCUUGGGUGCGGGACGUGUUUUAGGGUUUCGCAGGGCUUGCAGAUGAGGCAGGAAUGGAGGCAUUCAUGGUCCUUCCGCCACCGUGUUUGUAUUGCGGUUUGUUGCGUCUCUUUCCUGGGAUGGCGACUGGUGAAACUGAACAACCCUUCGGGUGACCCCCUAUACUGCCCUUGACUGGGCACCUUCACCGACAUAUGCGGAGCCUGCUCCUUCGACUGCCACUGCCUAAUGAUUUAGUUCAUUGGAGGAAGACAUGAAUUGGCUUUGAAUAAAAUGCUUGACGUGGGCCGGAAGUGCUGAUGGUGGUGGUGGUUAGACAAUGGUUGGUGGUGGCUGGUAGGACGUGGGCAAUGAUAAGGCCUUUUAGCGUUUACGGUGUAAUUUGACCUUGACACGGAGUCGUGGAGGUGUCUUUGUGUGUUAACAAAAAAUCUGUGUGUGGGUGGCGGUUGCCAAGCAGUAGCCAGGCACAUGGAGAAGGUCUGCGUUGGCGGUGUGUGUUGGUCUUGAGCGUGCGCAGGAAUAAGCCGCAAGAGACCAACACGUUUGAGGUUGUGGUAAGGUGCGGCAUUGCUUUGGUGGGUGGGAUUGGGUGUCAGUCGAGGGAGAUGAACCCGCAACGCUCCUGCAUUUUGUGUUGGGGGGGAAGGGGGGAAAUAGGUGCAUGCUAACGGACGAGUCCAUACCUAAAUGUGCGCAUGAGGUAUACCAUGUGUCUGUGAGAGUGACGCUUCUAAACGGUUUCUUCGAGGACGUUUUGCGGUGUGGGUAGCCGUCUGCUGGCACUAGCGUUGAUUGGGUGGACGGAUUUUGCCGCUGGCAGACCUCUGGCGUGGGGCGGGUAAUGCGCACACAUGCUUCUGCUUGGAGCAAACGGUAGGCGCGGCUGAACGUCUCUGUUGGGGCAUGUACGACGCCGCAUCUAGCAGGAUCCCUGUACACCCGGGAUAGCCGUACAUGGCGAUUGUGGUUGUACGUCAACUGUUGGCGUUGUUGCUGUAGCUGCUGCUCCUCCGCAGCUGGCAGAUCCCUACCGGUACCUGUUCAGACCGCUUGUUGAACGGAGACAGGCUCAGGGCUGUGACCCCAGCGACCCUUGGAAGGCCCGGUGCCCGGGGGGUGAGCCCAGGACCGCAUCUAGCAUGACUCGCUGCCGAUGAGCAUUAAUGUAGGCGUUGAUCAGGUAUGGUCGCGGCGUUCUAUGCAUGGUGGGUGGUAUGGCUCCUCGGCCCUCUUAAGCAACCACAUUUCUUCCAUGGGGUAAGGUCGGGUAAGGGCCACACAGGAUUGGGCUACAUUCUCCCCGUGCUAAAGUGUGCUAAAAGCCUCGGUGGCAGGACGUUGACAAGCGGUGCCCCGCGUUAGGGCGGGAUGACGGUGGUCGUGCUGCUUCUACUAUCAAAGGGCGACCAAAUGGUCGCAGCGCGUAAAAGGCGAUAGGCCC